UUAGCGUCUCAUUGAAGGAAUUGCGAAAUCAAAAUGACCUGAAUUAAUAGAUCUACGUUAAGUCCGUAUAGGUCCACCAAAAUUAUCGGUAUGUCCCCUAUAGUUUUUUUAUAAAUAAUUUUUGAAAUUUUGCAAAAAAAAAAUUCAUUUUAGCAUAAAAAACUAAAGACCCAUACGGACCUCAUGAUAAGGAAUGCAAAAAUGAUCAAAUUCAUUGGUUUCUUUCUGAAUGAGAUGCUAAAAUGAAAUUUUUUUUUUGCAAAAUUUCAAAAAUUAUUUAUAAAAAAACUAUAGGUGACCUAACAAUAAUUUUGGUGGACCUAUACGGACCUAACGUCGACCUAUCAAUCCAGGUCAUUUUGAUUUCGCAAUUUCUUCGAUGAGACGCUAAAUUCGCACAGGUAAAAUUUUUGAAAAAUUAAAAGAAAAGUAUUUUACUUACUAUUGGUAAAAGUUAUUUUUAAUAAGCAAAGACACCUGAAGGCUCCAUAACCUACAAAAAUUAAAUACUCUAGAUCAAAGUGUAAUGUUCGGAGUGACAUGAAUGCAAUACAAUAAUGUCACGUGUAAUUAAAUUUUUUAAUACAAUUAAGAAUAAUUGGAAGAAAUCUGUAGUUGGUGCAGCUGCACUUGCAUAUGGAGUUUCUUACGCCAAUCGAAGUUAUCAGGCGAAUCUGUUGAUGACAGCUUACUGCAAAGAAGCUGUCAAAUAUGGUGACGAAAUUAUCCCACCAACUCGAGCACCCCGGCACAUUACAAUUAUUUUGAACCCGGUUGCCAGGAAAAGAAAAGCUAAGAAGUUGUUUGAAAAAUACUGCGAACCGCUAUUUCAUUUAGCGGGAAUAGCUGUCACGAUUCUCCAAACGGAGAAGGAGAGUCAAGCGAGGCAGCUCAUUGAAAACUUGAACACUAGUACGGAUGGUAUUUUAGUUGCUGGAGGUGAUGGCACUUUGUUGGAUGUCGUUACCGGGUUGAUGAGAAAGUGUAACGGCAGUACAUUUUGCGCACAGCAAAUUCCUAUUGGUAUUUUGCCACUUGGUGAAGCAAACAGAAUAGCUGAUUCAAUUUUUGGUAGCAAAUAUGAUGAGCUUCCUCACAUACGCCAAAUGAUUGAUGCGUCCAUGGCCGCGGUUCGCGGUAACACUAAGUCUAUUGAUGUCGUUAAAGUUGAACCACUUGAGCAAGACGAGGAUAAUUUAAUAAAACCUAUUUAUGCACUAAGUUCUAUCGAAUUAGGCGCGUGGAGAGACGCUGAUUCUAGAAGAAAUAAAUACUGGUACUGGGGAAGCUUAAGAAGAUACGUGACGUAUGUAUUUAAUGGAUUUAAAAAUGAUCUUAAUUGGAAUUGUAACGCAACAAUAAGAUACACGGAUCCAUGCCCCGGUUGCUCAAAAUGUUACCAACAAUAUCAGUCAUCCGGACAAUCGGAUGUUAGAUGGUGGCAUGUAUUUAUUCCUAAGAAAAUAACUUUUGCUCAAAGUAAUCAAGUCGAUUACAGCAAAGUCAAAAAUGACGACUGUGAUAAGUUUAAAGAAACUCAUGUUGCGACAACUGAGCUAAGUUUGGUGACAAAUAAUUUAAAUAAUUCGCAGUCAGGUCCGCCGGCAGUUAAAUUACAAGUCGGUCCUGAAUACAUAAAUUACUUUGAAUUUGUCACUGAAGGAUGGAGACGAAUUAAAGGUGAAAAUAAAGUAAUAAAAAAUACAUUCGAGGCUAAAGAAAUUGAAUUUCUUCCCGACUCAUCAGAAGACUCUAAUAAAAAAGAAAAUUAUUUUUCAAUAGAUAACGAAGAGUUUGAACUGAGACCGAUGAAAAUAAAAUUAAUUCCUAAUGCUGUAAAAAUAUUUUGCCCGUAA